UUUUUCGGGAAUCAUGGAAAUUCAAAUGGACGUAAUGCUAUCCAACGAGGAGAAAAAUGGAAUCGUUACCACCGUGCAUGUAUCGCCGUAUAUCCCGAUCCAGGAAAACGUCACCGAAGAUCCGUUGUUUCACUGCUCAUACUGUGGCAACAAGUUUAAGCACAAAGGACCCUAUAUCGUGCACGCUCGUUUCUGCAAGCGCCGCAGCGAGUUGCAUGCGGACCGGGAGUCACUGGAGGACAAACCACAUUUCAAAAUCUGUGAUAAGCGCAUCGGCACCGCGGUGGAAUCCGGACUAGAGGGACCCAAGAAAAGCUGCAUCGCUCAAGAGCCGACUGGAAAGUUCGAUCUGAAGACCCCGGCUACCAUAAAAAAAGUAUACACGUGUAUUUUCUGCAAGCAGCCUUUUUCCGUCGAGUUUGAGUUUGGAAAAAUACGUCGUCGCUAUGCCUGCAAUGAUUGCACCACAAAGAUCCGAGCCGAAGAGGAGAUACGCACAGCAGCUAAGUCGGAGACUCGAUUUUUGUGUGAGAAAUGCGGAAUGCUGUACAAACUGGAAGCCAAUUUUACGCGACACAUGAACAAAUGCACGGGAGUCGACAAAAUUCGUAAAAAAAUUUGUUGA